ACUGUCGCCAUCUUCCAACUGGAGUUGUCCGCCAGCAUUGGAAGACGAUAACAGACAGCUAAGUAGUGGGUUUGGAAAACUUGAAAAAUUCGGCAAUGGUUUUCUUGAAAACGUUUACCAAUUGCAAAAUCCAGUUGUCAUCAUGAAUUUUGAUGGCUUGGAUCCUGCUCUGGCAGAGUAUGCACCUUCCCUCCAUGCCUCCAUGGAUCCAGUCCUUGACCCCCACCUAAAUCCCAGCCUCCUUCAGACGGUGGAGUUGGAUCAUGAUGGGGUGGGAUUGGAAGGUCUUACUGUUGCAGAACCUGUGCGCAUCAUGGAAGGAAUGUACUCUGAGCUUCACACUGCUGUGUCAGAAGUUGGCGUACCGGUUUCUGCUGUUCACUUUGAUCUUCAUGAGGAAAUGCUCUGGGUUGGAAACCAUGGAGGUCAUGCCACGUCAUUCUUCAGCCCAGCCCUCGAAAGAUAUUCAUCUUUCCAAGUUCAUGCCAACAAUGGCAUUCGCCAGAUCCAGAGCAUGGAGAAUGGGGUGCUGUUUCUCACAAAGAACAACCUGAAGUACAUGACUCGUGGAGGUCUGAUAGUCUUUGACUAUUUGAUGGAUGAGAACCUGGACAUGCAUAGCCUUAUGCUCACCGACACUAGUACCCUGCUCUUGGGAGGGAUGCAAAAUCAUGUGAUACAGAUGGACCUAAACACUGUGCAGGAGACACAGAAGUUCACAACUGAAGUUUCUGGGAUCACCAUUAUGAGGCAAACCAAUCGCUUCUUUUUCUUUGGCCACACAACUGGAAAGGUAUCUCUUCGAGAUCUGCGUACACUUAAAGCAGAGCAUGAGUUUGAUGCUUAUUCUGGUAGUCUUUCUGACUUUGAUGUCCAUGGGAACCUUUUGGUGACUUGUGGCUUUUCCAGCCGUAUGAAUGGUCUGGCUUGUGAUCGUUUCCUCAAAGUAUAUGACCUUCGUAUGAUGCGAGCCAUCACUCCCCUGCAGGUUCAUGUGGAUCCCCUGUUUUUGCGCUUUAUUCCAACCUACACAUCUCGCUUGGCCAUCAUCUCCCAACGGGGGCAGUGCCAAUUCUGUGAACCCACUGGGCUUGCUAGCCCUGCAGACAUCUUCCAUGUUAGCACAGUGAGCCAGGCAAUUAUGUCGUUUGAUGUGUCAGCCAGCAAGCAAGUGUUGGCAUUUGGUGAUUCAGAUGGCUGCAUCCAUCUUUGGGCUGACACUCCUGAUGCAGUUUUUAACGAUUACCCACGUGACACAGAGUUUGCUUUGCCAUGCAUGGUGGACAGCCUGCCACAUCUGGACUGGAUUCAGGAUCUCAUUCCUCUCUCAUUAAUUCCAAUGCCUUUGACAAAUGAGACUAUGCUUUCCGAUUGGCCUGCUGCUAACUCUACUCCAGCUCCACGACGGGCUACACCUGUAGAUCCUGAAAUCCUGCGUACCAUGAAGAAAGUAGGGUUUAUUGGCUAUUCGCCUAACCCAAGAACAAAGCUCCGGAACCAGGUGCCUUACCAGCUUGAUAAUGAUUUUGACAAUUUCAGCCAAGUCCCAGAGUCUCCAAUUGGGCGUGAAGAGGAGCCACAUCUCUAUAUGGUGGCCAAAAAGUACCGCAAGGUCACGAUAAAAUAUUCAAAAUUAGGACUGGAAGACUUUGACUUUAAACACUACAACAAAACCUUGUUUGCAGGGUUGGAACCUCACAUUCCCAACGCCUACUGCAACUGCAUGAUACAGGUUAUUUAUUUGCUGGAGCCGGUCCGAUGUCUGGUACAGAACCACCUGUGUCAAAAAGAGUUCUGCUUGAGCUGUGAAUUAGGUUUCUUGUUUCACAUGCUGGACUUGUCACGUGGAGAUCCGUGCCAGGUAAGCUGAAAUUAUUUACAUUCAAUGACUAAAAUGGAGCUGACAAAUUUAGUUUUAAUUGACCCUGAGUCAGAAGAUACUACUGGAAAAUCGCUGCCUGCUCCUGUGAAGUCAUGGUGUAAGUGGCUCCUGUGGCUUCUGCAUGAAGAUACCAGGGACUGUAAAGGGGUUAAAGUUAAAAACGGCUCCGGUUCCGUUAGCACAUUUGCUUCUUCAGGGGGAUCGGUUAUUGGGCAACUAUUUGGAUGUGAAGUAGAAAACUGCAGCAUGUGUCGUUGUGGCAAAGAAACUGUGCGCCUAUCUACAACUCUGCUCUUCACCUUGUCUUACCCAGAGAUUAGUAAUGAUAAAGCUCCUGUUGAAUUUGAUUUUGUGGAGGUUUUGAGAAGAAGCAUCUGUCUGGAGCAGAACACCCAGGCAUGGUGCGAAAACUGUGAGAAGUACCAGCCCACGGUAUGUGCUGGCGAUAUCAGACUACUACUUAAACAUGCUUUUAAAAAGGCCCUUAGAAAUGCUGAGCUAAAUUUGCAUAAUACCAAGGAGAGCACUCAGAGCAGCAUUGGAGAUUGGGAUGACCUCAAUAAUUCAGAGUCUGUUCCACCACCAUUGGCUCCAUCUGUGGAAGAUCUCCGCAAUGUCUGGGUACCAUAUUCCUUAAAGAUGAAGCUUUCAAAGAACAAAGAACUACAGGUUCUGAAUUGCGCAGAAGAUGAAGAGCCUAAUCAGUCAGAAGAGGAAAAGGAGGAAUCAACAAAUGUGUAUGAUCUAACUGCUACAGUUGCACAUAUUCUGGACCCUCGAGCCAGUGGAAGUCUAGUAGCGCACAUCAAAGUGGGCGAGACGUAUCAUCAAAGGAAAGAAGGGGUGACACACCAGCAGUGGUACCUUUUUAAUGAUUUCCUUAUUGAACCUAUUGAUAAGUGUGAAGCAGUACAGUAUGAUAUGAAUUGGAAAGUUCCAUCAAUACUGUUCUACACCAAAAGAAAUCUAAAUGCAAAAUACAACCUAGCAAGUAGCUUAGACGGCUUAGGUGGUUCAGUUCAUCGCAAGUGCGCAAAUGUCGAUGUGAGGGAGAGGACCCUCAAGCCUGAGAGUUGCCAGGCAGAAGCUAAGGGCAAACACACGAGGAAAGCCAAUCCUUCAGUAAGUGAGGUUUCUGAUGCAAUUGUGGCAAUUUCUGAGGUAUCCUCCCAACGACCUGAAGAGGAGGGUACCGCAGUAGCUUCUGAAGGCGAAAUCUCAGAUUCAGAAGAUCUAUUACCUUUGACAGACUCGGAGGUGGUGGUGGACUAUCUUACACAGUAUUCUGGCAUUAAGCCUGGAGACCUGGAUGCCAAGAUCUCAUCAAAGCAUUUGACCACUCUUAAAUCUACGUACCUCAAGUUGCGAUUCCUCAUCGAUGUUGGUGUCAAGUUUGUGGGUCAUGGGUUACAGAAGGAUUUUCGAGUAAUAAACCUGAUGGUACCGAAGGAUCAGGUGAUUGACACGGUGUAUCUGUUUCACAUUCCACGCAAGAGAAUGAUCUCUCUGCGCUACCUGGCAUGGUAUUUUUUAGAUCUGAAGAUCCAAGGCGAGACUCACGACAGUAUAGAAGAUGCUCGGACAGCACUGCAACUAUAUCGCAAGUACUUGGAGCUGAGUCGAAAUGGGACUGAGCCAGAAAACUUUCGCAAAGUAUUAAAGGGCCUUUAUGAGAAGGGGCGUAAGAUGGACUGGAAGGUUCCGGAGCCAGAGAAUCAGAACAGCCCUAAAAAUGCACCAGUGUAUUCUUCUUUGGUGGGACUAUAGUGUUUUUUUUUUUGUGUUUGUUUUUUUAAGGUAUUUCUGUUCAAAGGGACGUGACUUUCCACUGAUUUUUAUUGAUCAUUUUAUUCUUACUGAACUGUGAUUUCCUAAAGACCAAAGUCGUUCUGUGAACGCAGGCAUAUGGAAAUUUUAUUAAAGUUAAAAAACAAAAAAAA